UACUUGAAGUUAUAAAUGUCCUGUUGAAACAUUUAAAUGAAGGAAGUGUUGACAUAUUGAGUUAUGAACUUGUUCAGAUUAAGCAGAGUCAGGACGGCGAGAGGAAACAGCUGAGUCAGCUCCGAGACACCCUGAAGGCGUCUCUGCAGUCUGAGCAGAAAGAGGAUGCUCAGAACAAACAGAGUGGCGGGUACAGCCUCCAUCAGCUGCAGGGCAACAAGGCGCACGGCACCGAGCGCAGUGGGUUCCUCUACAAGAAGAGUGAGGGACUGAGGAAGGUUUGGCAGAAGAGGAAGUGCUCGGUGAAGAACGGUUUCCUGACCAUCUCCCACGGCACGGCGAACAGACCUCCAGCCAAACUCAACCUGCUCACCUGCCAGGUGAAGAGGAGCCAGGAGGAGAAGAAGAGCUUCGACCUGUUCUCACACGAUAGGACGUACCACUUCCAGGCCGAGGACGAAGCGGAGUGUCAGCUCUGGGUGUCCGUGCUGCAGAACAGCAAAGAGGAGGCCCUGAACGCUGCGUUUAAGGGCGAUCAGGACGUGGGAGAGAACAACAUCGUGCAGGAGCUGACCAGAGCCAUCGUGGAGGAAGUGAAGAGGAUGAGCGGCAACGACCGCUGCUGCGACUGCGGCGCCGCUGGUCCCACCUGGCUGUCCACCAACCUCGGGGUGCUGAUCUGCAUCGAGUGCUCGGGGAUCCACCGGGAGAUGGGGGUCCACUACUCCCGGAUUCAGAGCCUAGACCUGGACGUCCUGGGAACCUCCGAGCUGCUG